UAUACCUACAUGUAAUAUUUAAAUUUUAAGUAAUUAUUUUGCAUAAUUACUUGAUAUGACCCACCUCUCUCUGUGAAUUCCUUAGCCUGCUUCAUGAAGAAUAUAAUGUGUUACUAUUUGCUCCCCUGCAGAUGUGUACUGAUUAUCCUCUGUCAUGACCAACCAGAGUUGCCAGGAAGGCUUCAUCUUGUUGGGUUUCUCAGACAGACCCAAGCUAGAGCAGAUCCUCUUCAUGUUUGUCCUCAUCUUCUACCUUGUGACUUUGGUGGGCAAUGCUGUCAUUAUCCUGGUUUCCCGCUUAGACCCCAGCCUUCACACGCCCAUGUACUUCUUCCUCACUAAUUUGUCCUUCCUAGAUCUCUGCUUUACCACCAGUUCUAUCCCCCAGCUGCUUUUCAACUUAGGCGGCCCAGACAAGACCAUCAGUUAUGUGGGUUGUGCCAUCCAGCUCUUCAUGUUCCUGGGACUGGGUGGCACAGAAUGUGUUCUCUUGGCUGUCAUGGCUUAUGACCGCUUCACUGCAAUCUGCAAGCCCCUCCACUAUUCUGUCCUCAUGCACCCUCAGCUCUGUUGGAAGUUGGUGUCUGUGGCCUGGGGAGUUGGACUUCUCAACUCCUUGGUUAUGUCUCCAGUGACUAUGAAACUGCCACGAUGUGGGAGAUGCAGGGUGAAACAUUUCCUAUGUGAGAUGCCGGCUCUGAUAAGAAUUGCCUGUGUGGAUACAGUGGCUGUAGAGAGCACUGUUUUCAUCCUAUCAGUGAUCAUCGUUCUGGUGCCCCUGUCGUUGAUCCUCAUCUCUUAUAGCUGCAUUGCCCUUGCAGUGCUGAGGAUGAAGUCGGCGGCAGGAAGGAGGAAGGCUUUCAACACAUGUGGGUCCCAUCUCACUGUAGUCUCCUUGUUUUAUGGGAAUAUUGUCUAUAUGUAUAUGCAACCAGGAAAUAAUUCAUCUCAGGACCAAGGGAAAUUCCUUACCCUCUUCUACAACUUGGUGACUCCCAUGUUGAACCCUGUCAUCUAUACACUGAGAAAUAAGGAUGUAAAUGGUGCACUCAGGAGACUUGUGUCUAGAAAGUAA